AUGAUGAUUUGUGCACUGAGGCGGGCAAAUUUCACGAAAUCUCAAGCUUCUUUGGCACACCAACGCGCCAAUUCCAUGUCUUUCAAGACUCUUCCUCUUCCUCUUCCUCUUCCUCUUCCUCUUCCUCUUCCUCUCCAAUCCCUAAUUCAUUCUCAUGGAUUCAAUUGAGCCGCCAUCGUUUUCGCUAGGGUUUGAUCUUGAUGCUGCAUUGGAUCCCCAGUCUGAUUCCCAUCAAAACCCUAGCUUCUCCGGCGAGCAUUUAAUUGGGGACGAGCCAGAGCCUGGACUCACGGUCCCAGAUUCCGAUCAGGAGCUUGAACCAGAUUAUGCGAGCCCUGUUCUCAAGCGGCUGCGACGAGGGAUUAAUCCCAACAAGUGUCCUGCGAAAGAUGAUAGAGGCGUGGCCAGUGAGUUGCUAGGUUUCAGGGAGGAUCGGGAUGAUGAUGACAUCGAGGAGUUCUCUUCUCCAGAGGAUUCUUCUCACACGGAUGCACCUGCAUCAACUAGGAGUCAUUUUUCUAGUUGCAGCUCAAGGGUGCCACUUCAUGGUACUGGGGUCUUGUCUAAUCAGCCUUCUAUCUCCCGGGGCAAAAGAAAGCAGUCGGAUGUUCCAGCAUCUGCUGGUUCUGGGAUUAGUUCUGUUGCAUCUUUGUUUCAGAGACCAACUCGUAGUCCUCUGCGAAGGUUCCAGCUUCUAGAUUCAGAUUCAGAAGAUGACCAUCCAUCCGCUAGCAGAGAUUUAAGCGGAGUAACUACAACAACUAAUUCAUCCUCAAAGGAUAACCUAUCUGUUCCAAGUAAACCAAAGAGAAAGGAACCUGGAUCUAUCCCCAGUAUUAAAGAUCUGUGGAAAGAUUUUUGCCCGGCAAGUGCCAAGAUUCAAACGCCAGCUUUGGAUGAUGUUUGUCAGGACUAUUUUAGCUCUAUCAAGACGACUAACGCAGCUCAGAAACAAAGCAGCGCUGUGGCAAGUAGUAGCAAUAGCGGAGAUCAUAACGUCACUGGCUUUCAGCAAACUGGGCAAUUUUUGGAUUUGUCCCAACCUUCUCCUCCAUCUCAUCGUUUCUUCUUGCAUAGUGAUCCAAGAAUCAGGAAUCUAGCUCGACAGCGGUUACCAAACUUUUUGCCCCUUGGAAUUGUCAAUGAUAGGGAGAGCCAGCGAGAGGUGUUCCUUGUUGAUUAUAUGAAUCAAUUUGGCAGCAACGGGAGUUCUAAAACUGGAGCCUCUUGCAGCAAAAGCUCCAGAAGAGGGCAAACAAAGUCAAAGUUUUCAAAGGGCCAAGAGAGCGCUCACACUUCUGGAGGCUGGUUGAAUCCUAAAACGAGUUCUGCAGCUCCAACGGAUGCUGGGAAAAGACGAGUAUCAGCUAAGAGUGGCUCUGCAGGUCACUGGUUCACAUCCGCAGAAGGAAGGAAGGUUUAUAUCUCUAAAACCGGACAGGAGUUCUCAGGUCAAAGUGCAUAUAGAUGUUACAAAAAGGAGACAGGAGGCGGGUUAAAGAAGUCCAGAAAGAAACGACAGCCAAAGAAGAAGGCGAAGAGCUCAAGGAAGGAAGCCAUUGUUUCCUUUUAAGAACUCAGACAAUGUAUACAACAGAUGCAAAGAACCUGGAAAGCCCAUGUGUCUGUGAUCAAAAAGUUUCUCUAGAUUCAGAGACUGAUGGGUUUCUUCUCAAAUAUUUUCAGCUGUUUCGCAAAGGAAUCCUCUGGAUCUAGAGACUACAUGUGUGACGGUGGUGUCUGUGUUCUACGAAGAUCCAAGACCCCGAAGCUUCAAAAGGGUUAAAUACUUUUACUUUUAGUUCUUGAAGCUAUGUAAUCGAUAUUUUGUAUUUUCCAAUUUGUAAAGAUGCAAACCGAAAGAGAUGCACCGGUUAGCACAGAUUUAAUUUUAGAUGUUUAUACAAUUUGGUAAGAAAUCAUCAUGAUUCAUGAAAUUUGUUGACAAAAAAUUUGAAUUCCAAUACCGAUGAGUGCCGGUUAUUAUCGUUUUUCAUGUACCAACUUUUGUAAACCGAAAGACUGGAUUUUAACCGGACUUUAUAAUAUCCGUCUUAGUUCAACGAACAUCUUCUGUAUAGUAGUAAGUAAAUCAAUAAGUCAAUGGAGAAGG